AUGCUCAGAAGACAUGCACAACAAGAUAUUGUGAGACAAUAUCAGUCGGGAUCUUCUUUCUUAGUUGUAGAAGUAAUGUCAAAUGACAAUGACAUGGAGAUUGACUUUGAAGACAAUGUUGAUGGUGAAGAUCAAGUUGAAGCCAAACACCUACCUCUUUUUGACGUUAAUUCUUUGUUUGAUUCUGAAAGCAAAGAUGAGGGUGUCAUUGAAGCAACCCUUUUGGAUAUUUCUGGAGAUAAAUCUGAUGAUAUUAGAGAAAAUGACAGCAUUUGUAAUUCCGCCAAUGCAGAUUACUAUCAGUACUGGCCUGUAACAAUGGUAUUUAGUAUGCAGCAAAGUUUAGCAAGUCCUAAAUUAGAUAUAGUCAAUAUAAUUUUUACAAAGUUAUACAAUUUUUGCAAAUGUGCAAUUUUUUUUACAAGUACUUGCAGAUUGUUUUCUACAGUGAUUGCUUCUUUUGCUGCCUUUUACAUAUCCAAAUACGUUGUAAAUUUUGGUAGUGCUGUUCUGUUGAAGUUUCUUAAUGAAGUAUUGGCAUACUUUGGACAGUCCUUCUGUCUUCACCUCAGUAUAAACAGUGUCAACUUUAUGACCAGUCUCAGUGACAUGACUUGA